CCGGUACUCGUAUUGACAAUAUUCGGGAUAAAGGAUUUGGUACGUAGUACACUUCUGCUCUGGCUCUCUUUAAUAUGCAGUACUGUAAUAUUUUGCGUGUUUAAUACGUCAUCCGUGUAUCGCUGGCCUGGUGGUCAUUGAUCAUUGAAUUGGUAGGUCCAGUACGAGUGAUGCAUCUAGGCAUCCCUGGCGCAUUUGUUUGCAGUUUGCAGUUUGCAUUUUGUUUCAGCGUCAGAUGCAUUGCGGUGCAGUUUGCCAGUUUCAUGAUCAUUUCUAGUCUGUUCUUCUUUCAAUCCGUGAUCCAGACUGCCAGUGUAAAAGUGUUAUUUUUAUUGUAAUUAAGCUUUAAAGCCUGUAAUUAGGUCUCUUAUUCUUUCUGGAACUUUUUAUUAUUACCAUGGAAGGCGCGUAUUACGAUGACACAUUUGUUUUUCGUCAUCCCGGAACAUCCACUCAGUCUCCUGUCUACGCAUCAGUGGAAACACCCGUUACACUGCCUGACCAUGCAGACUUUGAUAGAGCUCUGGAUCUUUCAUACAGUGCGCCGAUAUCCUUGCCAUCCGUUGCAGAGCCCACUGAAGGUUUUCUGAAUACCAUCCAUUACGUUAGCACAGCGACCAUCCAUCUCGAUGUCCACGCACCGACAACCAGCAAAUAUGAUAACACAUCUGUUUUUGCUGGCCUCGGCUCAUGCCUGCAGGAUGCAUCCACGAACACUGCGACGGUCGAUGCUGCAGCUGAUCUUGGUGCCGUGGAAAACGGUUCUGCUGGAGGAACUGUUGACCUUCUUGCAGCUGCUGACGACACAAAGGCUGGUUUAGAGAGUCCUGCGUUGACAGAUUCGUCUGGAAAGAAUUCGCCGUCCUUUUCCCAGCGGAGCAGUACUGCGGAUUCCGGGGAAUAUCAAGACGCCUCGGAUGUGACCUUUAGCAAAUCAGGUCUGCCGGAUGCUGAUGGAGGGACUGUGGGGGAAAUUAUUAAUAAGGUUCUGGCCACGGCUAUGCUGCCCAUGCAUAAGAAGGAACAUCUGCCCGAUGAUCGCGAAUCCGACGAUGCGGUUGUUCUUAAAAAGCUCAUGACUCCGGGUCCGCAAUUCCGCUCGCCGCAGACCAAAGGAUCGAUGGCGGAUUCUUCGCCAGCUCGUAGUGCUGUGCGGAAGGGUUCGAGUUCAGCUGAAAAGUUGACGCACUUGCUGAAAUUUUACGUCGCCCACCAUCGUCAUCGACACUUCCAGUCCAGUAUGCGCACGCUCUUCACGCGCGCUAUGGUCAAAUUGAAUAAGGCCAGCCGCGAUCGAAACCGGUGCCGUCAUGAUUCCGCAACCGGAUCUGAGUGCAGCUGGGAAACCGCUUCUGACUCUGCCGCAGGUCUGUCAGAUGCUAGCGAAAAAGGGUUUUCGAUCAGCUUUAAUCCUUUGCUCCCUGCCCCACCGACAUCCAUUCAAGAAGUGCCGACUACAAAAGCAGUGAUUGCGGAAAUGGAAAAACUACACUUGGGUGGUGAUGCACACCUGUUUCCAAAUUCUGAUCGCAAUUUUUCUGGAUUAAGUCGACAAGAACGUUAUUUCUCCGCUAAAAAGCCUGAAGCCAGUAACAGUGGGCAAACUGCGGCUCUUUCUUUCCGUGACUUUUAUCCGCCGCCAAAAAAUGCCAUCAACCUUCAGCUAUACCAAAUUCGCGAGCGGAUUUUCAACAACGAUGUGCAAGUUUUUUCCAUCGCUCCGGAAAUCGCAGCCGAGAAGAACAAGCCAGAGUACACCGAACUGGAACCGCAAAUUCUGUAGUUUAAUCAUGAAAACAAGUUUGCGGUGAGAGUGCGCUCUUCACUUUUGGCAUUUUUCCUGUAAUAGUUGUGAUUUUCCGUUAUUGUGAUUCAUUAAACAGGGUGGUUGAUGUUUCUUUGCUUUCAUUCUUUUUUUGCUUUUUCAAUAGAUUUGAAUAGCGCAUUUUGACUGAGAACUGAGCGAUCGUGUCACAUGUUUUGAACAAUUUUUAUUGCAUUGUGUAAAGUUUGGUGCUUUUGAAGUACAAUUUUAUGAAUAAAACGCGGAAGUAAAGAUAUAUGAACAAU